UUUAACGUUCUGCGACAUCACGUUUGACGAUUCACGAGAGCGGUUGCGGUUUGGAGGCGCGCGCGCACUAUCUAAACGUGAAAGACCAGUCUGUUGCCGUAUGCCACUGGGAGUGGGAGCAUAUUCUUUGUUCUCCAAUGUAAAGUACAGCCCACAAGCGCGUGUGAUAACUGACCAGUUUCUAGUGAUAACAGACUCAUCAUGGAAAUGCAAAAUCACAAGGAGGAAAAUGGGGGUACAACGAAUGAAACAGCACCGACGCAGGACCUAAUUCAGAAGGCAACAGGCUCUUUCGGCAAAUAUCAGCUAUGUCUUUGUUUACUGAUAUUUCUAACCAAAUUCCCGGUGGCAUUUCAUCAGAUGGCCAUUAUAUUCCUGUCGCCAAAAGUGGAGUAUACUUGUAAGAAUUCCUUCAGUAAUGCCACUUGUCCUUGCCCAGAGCCAGAAUAUAAUACCUCGAUAUUUACGAAUACAAUAAUUAUGGAGUGGGAUUUAAUAUGCGACAGGAAAUGGCUGACUAGUUUUACACAGACUUUGUUCCAAUUGGGAACGUUACUGGGCAGUGUGUGCUUUGGAAUGGCUUCCGAUAGGUUUGGACGAAAGAAACCUUUAUUGCUUGCAGUGGUAAUACAAGUUUCUAUGGGAAUAACUGCUGCCUAUGUUCCCGAAUUUUGGACAUUUACGUUCAUUCGCUUCUUGGUGGGGAUGUCCGUUGGUGGCACAAUGGUUACGGGAUUCGUCAUCGUCAUGGAGUUCGUUGGCACAAAGUAUCGAGACAUUAUUUCGGCAUUGUACCAAACACCUUUCAAUUUGGGCCAUAUGUUGCUACCGGUUUUCGGAUACUACUUCAGAGACUACACAAAGUUUCAAUUCGCAAUUUCGUUGCCGACAAUCAUUCUGCUGUCCUACUUCUUUUUGGUGCCCGAAACUGCGCGUUGGCUGAUAGCAGUCAAAAGAACAGACGAGGCGGUUCUUGUUUUAGAACGAGUAGCUAAAAUAAACAAUCGUCCAACAGAAAAUAUCCGAAGGGAUGUCGAGUUAUAUCAAGAAUCCGUAGAAAAGAAUCAACUCAAAAAAGGCAGUAUUCUGGACCUUUUUAGAACACCCAAUCUAAGAAAAAAUAUCGCUGCGAUGUCAUUUAAUUGGUUAACUUGCAGCUAUUGUUUUUACGGUGUAUCACAGUACGUUGGCCAGUUAAGUGGAAAUGUUUUCACAAAUGUUGCAGCUGGCGCCAGUGUAACGUUACUUGGCACACUUAUGUCCAUUCCCUUGAUGAAACUUAUCGGUAGGAAAACCAUCUUGAUAAUAUUUAACUUCAUAUGUGCCUUGUGUUUGUUUAUUUUAGCGUUCAUUCCAGAAGGGAAUGUAGGAUCAGUUAUACUUGCUAGUAUAGGUGAAGUAGCUAGUUUUAUCAAUUUUGUGGUUGUCUAUUUAUAUUGCACUGAAUUGUUCCCGACAGUAGUACGGAAUGCUGCUAUUGGAUUCUCUUCAAUGAUGGCCCGAGUGGGUUCUAUGUUGGCGCCUUUUGUUAUAGAAAUGAAAGAUGUCGCGGAAUGGAUGCCCCCCGUGGCAUUCGCCGUAUUUCCGCUUAUAGCAGCGUUUGUUACGUUUGCCCUUCCUGAAACUAAAGGAUGUGAGCUCAUGACAACUAUUGAAGAAGGAGAACAAUUCGGUAAAAAGAGCAAAGCAAGUGAUAAUAAAGACUAGUAGGUACCUAAUUAUUGUAAGACUCGGGUGUAGAAUAACCUGUCCUCCAUUUUGUGAAACUGUUACGCGCCUCACAAUAAUUAAUGUGGGACUUUCAAUGUGCAGAAUAACAUAACUACAUACCGAUGAAUUAUUUUUUAAGUAAUUGUUAUUAAUAAAUGAUUACUUAAAACCAUGGAAACUUUAUAUUCAGAUGUGGUUUUUCGAUUUAGUUAUCCCCUUUAGGAUAGAGAAAAUUCAACUGAUUCACAAACCAAUGUUGGCAUAGGUGCGUUCUAGAGGAAAAAAGGGAUCGCCACACCCGCUGUUUUGCGUUAAUUUGAGGACAGGUUUUCAAAAUGCAAUUAUUAUUUUAAGUAGAAAAGCAACAUUUCCUUUGUAAAUACACUUCUGAUUAAGUAA